GUAUCGUGCGAAGCGUCGUGCGAAGCGUCGCGGGACUCUUCUUCGUCUCUCGGCUCUCGUCGCACGCGCUUCGGAAUGCUCGUUAAAAGAUCUAUUGAAAAAAAUGCGUUUCCUCGGUGAAGCCAAGUGCACCGCCGCAAGUCAACCUCGUUUUCGUCGCACGAAUGGCGUGCCUUAAUCGAUCUUAAACCCUGACCGGAUCAACAUAAACUCGAGUGUGAUCAAUGACCUAACCUGCUACCCACAGUGAAGUUCUCAACGAAAAUCGAUCGAGGGAAUUUUCCAAGAAUGACCCAACGACAAGAACACCGAUAACGAGCAGAGGCCGGAGAAUCAAGAAUUUGUGGGGAUCAUGGGAAGCUCGAUAUCCACGAAUCUCCAUCCGGAAUGACUGUUCAUUAUUUGUUGCUGAAAAGAGAACAGUGAAAAUGUCCGGGAUGCCAAGUGGAGCGUUAUCAUUGAUAAAUCUCCUUUCCGGGACGAGCGAUGGGAAAGUCUGAGAGCGAGGCCGGAUAUCACGAGGGGUGUGGAAGUUGAAGCGAUCUUCAUCAUGUCGAACAACACCAACGAGACCGAGGACGACUAUUUCCUGGACUACGACGUCAACGAGUCAUUGAGCCACUUCGACUGGGCCGAGCUGGGCCCCGUCCUGGUCGUCUACACCUUAACUUUCUGUCUGGGACUCGCUGGGAACGUCGUAAUCAUCGCCUCGACCCUCUGCCCGCGUCUGCGCCCUCUCCCGGCGACGCCGACGAACGUCUUCCUCGGAGGAUUGGCCAGCGCCGACCUCCUGCUCAUCCUCUUCUGCAUACCGGUCAAGAUAGCGAAGCUUUUCUCCUAUACAUGGACUAUGGGGCUGUUCUUAUGCAAGUCGGUGCACUACAUGCAAAGCGUCUCGGCCAUAUGCUCGGUCUUGACUCUGACGGCCAUGUCGAUCGAGAGGUACUACGCGAUAGUCCAUCCGAUGAGAGCUCAGUAUACUUGCACGAUAAGCCAGGCCAGGAGAAUAGUGACCAUGACUUGGGUGCUGUCCUUCCUCUUGGCCAUCCCCAUCGUCUUCACUCAGACGCACAAAGAAGUCGGCCAGAGGUACUUGGCGUACUGGUGCGUAAGGGAUUCGGACUCGGAGACGCUUUGGAGGCUCCACGAGGUUUACAUGCUCCUUCUGGUGCUGGUGGUGCCUCUGAUCGUGAUGGCGUUUUGCUACACCGCCAUUUGUUGGGAAAUAUGGCGCGUCAUGAAGCGUCGAUACCACAUGACGUCACGACGCGCGCUUAACCCCAAUUGCAACGAUGCCGAGUGCAUACCCAUGAACCAAAGACAUUCCAGUUCACGUAAUGGACGUCGAAGCCGUCGCGACGACAGUCAGACGGAGGAAGAGUCCCGCACUAUGAAGCAGGUUGUGAAGAUGUUGGUAGCAGUGGUGGUCCUCUUCGCAAUCUGCUGGAGCCCGAUGCUCAUCGAUAACGUCCUCACGGCUUACGGCGUCAUACCGAGGAUCAAGUCCAGCACUUUUAAGCACCUCAACACAGCUUUCCAGCUUAUGGCUUACUUCAACAGCUGCAUCAACCCGAUCGUCUACGGAUUCAUGUCGAAGCACUUCCGGGAGAGUUUUUUGUCGGCGGCCUGCGGGGGGUUUUGGUAUUGUUGCCCAAGAAAAGGGUACAGGGCGCCAGUCAAAAGACACCCCAGCCUCAGUCAAACCAGAACCACCAGCGUCAGGUGGACUUAGCUCUUACUGGGAUUAAGGGCGUCAACGAGGAUCGCAUAAGAUGUCCUGUGGAUGUUGGUUCGAGCACGUAACGAGCACGCAAUUGUGUAAAAUAUGUUUAACUUGGCAAGAUUGCAUGUUUCACCCAGAUUUCGUGGGAACCGAACGCCGGGGAUGUCGCUCUGUAUAAUAUCAACGAUAAUUGCGAAUUGUAUUAAUGCCUGCGGAACAAAGUAUCGUUAAGCGAGGCUUAGGACAUUUUAUGGUAAUUGAAGUGACGUCACUCGCCGAGCCGGCGUCGAAACUGAGAAGAGAUUAAAGAUCAUUGCCGGUGGUGUUUUCUAUGUUAUGGACAAGGAAUUUUGCUUUAUUUAUUACCCUUUCAACCGAAGAACAAAGUCAACGCUACUGAGGAACGUCGAAGGCGAGUGAAAUGAAGGAGUGGAACUUUAUUUAAACGAAUUCUCGCACAGGAUUAGGCGAAUCAUUUGUUCGUAACAUUUCAGACUUUUUUAAGACUCGCUGUGUACAUAAAAGAAAAAGAAACACUAACACUCAUUUUUUACAUAUCUCUGUACGUAAUAAACAUUUUAUUCCGGGGAUUCGAGCGCUAUGUAUAGAUUUUAGGAUAACCGUUAUUACGUACUGUCUAUUGUUAAGGACUUUAUCCGGCGCAAUUUCGACACUUUAAUAUUUUAAUAUUUAUUCCAUAAGACCCUUCGGAAAGACUUUUCUCGAAAUAAGAGGCCGAUUUAGAAAGAGUGAUUCGUUUAAAAUGUUAAACACUGUCGACUCGCAGUUGG